UGGAGCACACCUCGUGGAGAAUUCGGUGCGAUGAUUGGUCACGCUGCUUCCCUCCCGCGGGGGCUUAUGCUCCUGUUCUGUGCCUGCACGAGCCGACUGACUGUUCUGCACCGGCAGAGCAAACUCAGCACUUCAGGAGACAGCUACCUACCUGUCUCAGCACGCCAUAGGGAAGCAAUUUCAUGCAGUUGGAGGAAAUGGAUUCGAUGGACUUCACUCAGCUGCACAUCAGUGAAGUUAUCCACGUUGUGGUUUGGGAAUAUUAUGAAGACUUUGCAGAUAUGCUGCUACUUUUCAAUAUCUUCAGUCACAGCCGACUUUCCAGUCACCAGCGGGCUAUAUCAUGAUUACAUGUUUGUGACCCCUAUCGAGGUGGACUCCACGGGAGGUUUCAUCUCACACAAUGUGAUGGGGGGCAGUCGGAGGAGGAGAUCCUUGCUGUCUGCCAAGGGCUCCGUGCACUACAAACUGUCAGCCUUUGGGAAAGACAUGCACCUGGACUUGAGGCCCUCCAAGGUGGUAGCCGAUGGGUUCACCAUACAGACCUUUGGCACAGAUGGCUUUACUGCUGCCCCCCAGGAGCCUGAUUUCUACACCUGCUUUUAUCAGGGAUUUAUACGAAACCACUCCACUUCAUCUGUAGCUAUAUCCACCUGCUCAGGGCUGUCAGGUUUGAUCAAGACUUCAGAUGACGAGUUCUUCAUCACUCCACUGCCCCAGCACCUGGCUGUGGAGCACAACUACAGUGCCCCCAGUGGACAUCACCCACAUGUGCUCUACAGACGUUCAGCUGAACAUCAAAUACACAGAAGCAGAACAGCACCUGAAAUGCAGAGACCGACCAAUCACAACAUGAAUCACCUUCACCAUCACAGGAAAAUGCAGAGGCAACACUUCUGUGGACGGCGCAAGCAAUACACUCCUAAACCUCCCGCUGAGGAUUGGCCCAUCAUGCCUGAUGAGUUUGAGCCUCCAGGCAGGGCUAAACGCUCUCCUAUCACCUCCAACAAGGUGGGGGGGCUGAACGUGGAAACACUGGUUGUGGCUGACCGGAAAAUGCUGGAGAAACAUGGCAGGGAGAACGUCACCACCUACGUCCUGACUGUCAUGAACAUGGUAUCAAGUCUUUUCAAAGAUGGUACCAUUGGAACUGAUAUCAACAUCGUGGUUGUCAGUCUCCUUCUUCUGGAACUAGAUCCUCUGGGCCUGAUGAUAAACCACCACGCUGACCAAUCCCUCAACAGCUUCUGCCAGUGGCAGUCGGGUCUGGUAGGGAGGAACGGAAAACGGCACGACCACGCUGUGCUGCUGACGGGCCUGGACAUCUGCUCCUGGAAAAACGAGCCCUGUGACACUCUGGGUUUUGCCCCUAUAAGUGGGAUGUGCAGUAAAUACCGGAGCUGCACCAUAAAUGAAGACACAGGACUGGGCCUGGCAUUUACCAUAGCACACGAAUCAGGGCACAAUUUCGGGAUGGUUCAUGAUGGUGAGGGGAACCCGUGCAGGAAGGCCGAGGGGAACAUCAUGUCACCCACGUUAGCUGGUAACAACGGAGUCUUCUCCUGGUCUGCCUGCAGCCGUCAGUACCUCAGCCGAUUCCUUGGUACAGCCCAAGCUUCUUGUCUGGUGGAUGAGCCAAAGCAAAUUGGACAGUACAAGUACCCGGAGCAGCUCCCUGGCCAGUUGUAUGAUGCUGACACUCAGUGCAAAUGGCAGUUUGGCUCUAAGGCAAAACUCUGUAAUCUGGACUUUGUGAAGGACAUCUGCAAGUCACUGUGGUGUCACAGGGUGGGACACAGAUGUGAAACCAAGUUCAUGCCGGCUGCAGAAGGAACCAUCUGUGGGAUGGAUAUGUGGUGUCGGAGAGGCCAAUGUGUGAAGUUUGGGGAUCAUGGCCCGAAAGCAGUCCAUGGUCAGUGGUCGGAGUGGUCCGGGUGGUCCGACUGCUCACGGUCCUGUGGAGGUGGCGUGAUGUACAGGGAGAGGUCCUGCAACAGCCCCAGGCCCCAGCACAGCGGAAAGUUCUGCCAAGGAUCCAGCCGUUUGUACCAGCUGUGCAACACCAGGGCCUGCCAGCCCAAUGGAGUGGACUUCCGUGCACAGCAGUGCGCGGAGUACAAUAGCAAGCCCUUCAGGGGCUGGUACUACAAAUGGAAACCUUACACAAAAGUGGAAGAUGAGGACAUCUGUAAACUGUACUGCAUCGCAGAGGAUUUCGACUUCUUCUUCGCCAUGUCCAGCAAAGUCAAAGAUGGGACAUCCUGCUCAGAUCUCAAAGGGGAUGUGUGUAUUGAUGGGAUAUGUGAGCCUGUUGGAUGUGACCAGAUUUUGGGUUCAAAGUCAACUGUAGAUGCCUGUGGUGUCUGCAGAGGGGACAACUCCACCUGCAAGUUCUUCAAGGGCCAGUACGUCCUGCAGCACCGGGCCAAUGAGUACUACACGGUGGUCACUAUCCCUGCCGGAGCCCGGAGCAUCCGUGUGCAGGAAGUGGAAAUCUCCACCAGCUAUCUGGCUGUCCGCAGUCUAAAGAAGAAAUAUUAUCUGACAGGGGACUGGACUGUUGAUUGGCCGGGGACAUUCCAGUUCGCUGGGACAGUGUUCGACUAUCGGCGCUCCUUCAACCGGCCGGAGAGCCUGUACGCGGCGGGUCCGACUAAUGAGACGCUGGUCUUUGAAAUCCUGCUGCAGGGGAAGAAUCCGGGCGUGGCUUGGGAGUACACCCUGCCCUGGAGUGAAAAGAAGCCAAACUACACCUGGGGGGUGGUGCGGUCCGACUGCUCGGCACCAUGCGCCGGAGGUCGGAUAUCAACUAAAGCUGUAUGUUUACAAGACCAACGAAUGCAAGUCAACUCUACUCUCUGCAAUCCUCAGACAAGGCCUGUAGUGGGAUCUGUCCUCUGCAAUACACAGCCCUGCCCUGCCUACUGGGUCACUGGGGAAUGGGGGGCGUGUAGUCGCACCUGCGGGGGCGGCCAGCAGACACGCCCGGUCCGGUGCCUGCGCCGGGUGACGUACCAGCGGGAGGAGGCGGUGGUGCACUCCCUGUGCCCCGUCGCCGCUCCAUCCCAGGUGCAGGCCUGUGCCGUUCAGGCCUGCCCACCGGAGUGGAGCUCAGGGGCCUGGUCACAGUGUUCUAAGACCUGUGGGCGGGGUCUGAGGAAGCGCAGUGUGUUCUGCAGAAGCACUGACCCAGGGGCCAAAGUCAUGACCCUGCCAGACAGCGUGUGCAAGCCCAGCCCUCGGCCCCCGUCCCAGGAGACCUGCGUGGUGCGCCGCUGCCCCAGGAACGACAGGCUAGAGUGGCUGGCCACGCCCUGGGGUGAGUGCUCCUCGUCCUGCGGGCUCAGCGUGCAGAAGAGGGAGCUGCGCUGUGGAGAGAGGGGACCCCAGGGCCAGUACACCGAGUUCCCGCCGAGGAGGUGCAGGACACUGGCCAAGCCCACGCUGGAGCUCCUGCAGACCUGCAGCAGGGGGGCCUGCCCCGAACCCCAGCCCCAGCCCCAGCCCCAGCCCACACCGGGCAGGACAGCCAGCGCCAUGGUGCUGGGGUGGUACUCUUCACCAUGGCAGCAGUGCUCAGUUUCCUGUGGGGGAGGGGUACAGACGCGCAGUGUCCAGUGUCUGAGACAGGGGCGGCCCAUGGCAGGAUGCCUGCCCCACCACAGACCUGUCGCCUCCCGGGCCUGUAACACCCACUUCUGCCCCGCUCCCACCCCGGCCCUGACAGAUGAACAGCCUUGCAUUGACUCCUUCAGCUGGUGCCACUUGGUUCCCCAACAUGGCGUGUGCAACCAUAAGUUUUAUGGGCAACAGUGUUGCAAGUCCUGCUCCCUCAAGAAGCAGUAGCCUUGUCCGACCGGCCUCCCACUUGCGAUUGGGCUGAUGCUCGAGUUCGGGACUGUGCUGACUGGAGCUAUGAAAACACAGCAGAGCAAUGUGUGUCUGAUGGCCCUAACUGGAUUUGGGAUCACUUUGCAGGAGAACAGUCUUUGUCCUGGAGUACUUGAUAACUGAUAAGUGGGUAAAAAAGGCAAAUGAUUAUGGCUAUUGGUUUCCUUGUGUAAACAAUCAGUUAUUGUCCCUUGACUGGAAAUACAGUAUUAUAACAUACUGCAAGAUACUUAUUAUGUAAAUAUGUUAUCAUUGUCCUUGUUUAAUACAUCUUGAGAUGGUGACCAUCUGUUUUUAAGCCAUUGUGAGAAUUUUAAGGAAGUCCACGUACAUUCUUGUUGAUGUCUAUUUGAAAUAUAUAUUUGUAUUGUUGUAUAUAUAUAUAUAUAUAUAUAUAUAUAGACAUCAAUACGCAUUGAAGCAUUAACUUAGGCCAUACUUGCUUGCCCUUGUGAGCUCUUUAUGAGAUGUAAGUGAACACAUCUUAAUAGAUUUAAAUUAUUUGUUACCCAUGCAUCACUUCAAACUACUACUUGUUAUAAUCACAGUUAUCACAUGCACUUAUGCUCCCUGGCCCCUGCAUAUUAUUGCUGGUUUUUGCUUUGGGGCAAGCAAACCUACACAUUCAAGUGUAGGUUACAAUCACAUGAGUAUUUGUGUGUUCAGUUGUUUGUUUUAAAUGAUUGCAUUUCCUGUGCCCAGCCAGCAGUAAUAAUGUUUACAGUUAUGUGUGGUCCUUUGCUUGGCUGGUGAAUUCUAUGGAUGAACUUGGAUGUAAAGCUGUCUUCCUUUGUCCGUAACCAAGGACAGAGUCCAUAUCAUUCCUAUUUGACAGUGCAGGUGGCGCAGAUUAAUCUUCUUGUCUUUAUUAACACAGAGGGAUGUCAGGGUUCGAGGGAGAUGAGUGAUGAGUGACAGCUGGUGGAGGGGGCGAUGGUUAGUGGGAUGGUCUCUGACAGACUUUUGCUUUGAUUCACAUUAUCCAAAGGAAUAUUUUUAUACCACAGGAAUAGGAGUGGUGCUUGCAUGCUUGGCUCACUUCAGACUAUUCUCCAGGAAUCUGGGGACUACCUGAGGGUGUUUACCUGGACUGACCAAGCAUACAUGUGGUCACAGGCUUAUUCAGAAAGGCUUGAUGUGUCCAGACCUUUUCCUGUGUGUUCUUGCCUACUCUCUUUGGACCACUCUUAGUGCCUUUUAAAAUAGCAACUGGCUACAGUGCCAGAAUCCUUUGACUUGCCUCCUCCCCCACUCCCUUCUCCCACUGUGUGUUUGGUAUCAGUGGCUUCUGUGGACAAGCUCGUUGUGUUCCUGUAAUUCCUGCUUCUAUAGCAGAACCAUGAAAUUCACAGGAAGAAAUAAAAGGGAACAAGACUUUCCAGAGCACGUCAGGUGAGCCCUGAGGGAAGAACGGGAAAGAGACUGGAACCUGUGUGAAUAUUGUAGAUGGUAACAGUCCCAUGUUCUCCUGCACGGUCCAAACUGGAGGCAGUUCUGACAGCCUAUGGCUCCCACGGUGAGUAAGGGAACUGGAUGUUCUGCUCAAAUCGUACCCAAUAUGGUGAUUCCAUUUCUCCCUCUACCCCCUCAAAUUUGGAAAUGGGAGAGAUUCAGACAGGCAUGGAGAAGCAGGAUUGUAGGACUGGACAUGUCUAGCUAGUCCCAGUGAUAAUUUAUGGAGUUUGCUCUGGUUCAGGGGCUUCUGGCCAAUAUCACAGUUUGACAUGGCAGCUUUCCUCACUGGCAGUGUAUUGCCAUCGCAUUGCAACAUUAAUAGCUAUGAUAAACAGCUGUACUCUGAAAAACCUUGUCCAUUUGGUGAACAUGAAUUGCUCAAAUGUAAAACUGCUCUACAUAAGAAUAAAAAUUGAAACCUCCUUUUAUGGACUAAUGAAAAGUGUUUUCAUCUUUUAUGGAUGGGGAGAAUUUGAAAUAGACACUAAAGGGAAUGCUCAAAUUUUAAUUUUAUGAUUUUCUUUGAUGCACUCCAUAUUUGAUACAAUUAUUGGUAAGAAUGUGUUAUAUUCUAGUCAUUUUCACUCCUCUGUCAUUUUGAAGUGAAAAAUGUAAUUUAUUACUGUGUGUAUACAUUCUGAGACUAGUUGUGCCUGACAUUGACAUACCUAUGCGUCUAUAUCUGAAACAUGGAUAAUAGUGUCCUAAUGAUGUAAAAAUAGCACA